AUGGCAAUAACCGUUUACGACGCCUGCGCGGAGAGGAAAAAAUCCCCCAAAAUCCUCAUUAUUGACGACUUUGCCAUUCCCUCUUUCUCCUCCUUGGCGAACCUCUCUUAUUCGACUUUCCGUGACAGCAUCAGAUUGUUUCUCAACGAGUACGCCGAGAAAGAAGAUUACACCGUCGACGGCAACACCGUCUCCUGCCUUUUCCUUGCCAGCGAAGCAACCGGCGUCGUUUUCCCUCUCUUCACCGUCGAAGAACAAAUCUCUGAUUCCUCUCCAGAUCCUCUCUGCGAUUUCUGUAGAUGCGUUGGUUGGGGUCAUCAUUAUGUAUCAAAGAGAAAAUAUCAUUUCAUAAUCCCAGCGAGAGGUAAAUGGAAGACGCCAUUGACGAAAGAUAGCUUAAAGCUCACUUCUCAUCUGAUGCAUGGUGUGGUUCACUGCAAUGGCUUCGGCCACUUGCUCUGCAUCAACGGUCAUUCCUCUAGUUUCCUCUCCGGCGAUCAAAUCAUGGACUUUUGGGACCGUCUUUGCUUAACUCUUCACACAAGGAAGAUUUCAUUGGAAGAUAUAUCGAGGAAAGGAAUGAUGGAUCUGAGGCUGCUUCAUGGUGUUGCAUAUGGUCGACCAUGGUUUGGUAAAUGGGGUUAUAUGUUUUCUCAUGGAAGCUUUGGGGUCAAAGAAGGUCAAUACACCCGAGCUAUUCACAUCCUUAGCUCCAUAGAAGUCGACAAGAUAGUGGAAUAUUUCUGUGGAACAACAAAAGAGACAGUGAUGAAGAUAAUCAUCGGAUUCUACAGAGAGUUCAGCGAGACCCCAUUGAACACUCUCGCUGAUUUGCUUCAGUCCAUGCUUGCUUUCAGCUCCAGGUCUCCCGUUGAGAGAAAGACUGCAAUUGCGUUAGUAGGCAUGUCUAUGGAUCCUGUUUCAAACCCAAAUCCUGGCCGAGAAGAUGGUAAUAAUGAUGAGGAUAGUGAGAUCAGCCCCAUUUGCACAUCCCCUGAUGAUGUGAAAUCAGAUGAUAGCAUGAAUGAGUCUGACACAGAUCACACAACUGCCAUGAUCAUUGAUGAUGAUACUACAACCGCUGACAUAAAACCCCCUGUGUAUGACUCGUUUGAUACCAUGGCCGUGAAAGAAUGCUCGAGAUAUCCUGGAAGGAGGUUGAAAGAGGCAGCCAAGGCAGUUAUCAAAGUGUUUGAAGAGAGAAACAGCACGCUUACUCGGCAAGAGCUUCGCGAGGCUGUUAGAAACGGCAAGAUUGGCGAUACAGGGCUGAUUGAUUUCUUGCUCAAGCACAUUGACAAAAUUGUCAUAGGCGACAAAAUGGUCAAGAGGUUCACAAACCCAAACUCCAGGAUGUUGCAGUUCUCGAUCCACACAGUCAAUCCUCGCCGCGUUCUGAUUCAAGAACCGAAGAGGAGAAGGAAGACGAAACCGCAAGAGACGAUUGAAUGGGGAUCUACCACUCCUGGACUGGAUCCGUACGAUGACAUUUACUAUCUCUAUCAGAAUCUCCUGUUAUCGUAUCCUUAUUCAGACGUAUACAGUGAUGCCUCUGAGAUAAUCUUGAACUGCAAGAGCUUUGUAAAGGAAUUGCCUUUACCCUCUCACCAGGAACCAAACCUUUUAACAGUAAGCUGCCAAGUUUUGCCCGGUCAUGAAGAGUUACUCGGAGACUUCACCCGGAAGCUGCCACCUGGUGAGCUUGUGAUUGUUCCGCAAAACGCAACCAUUAAAGAACUGAAAUCUGCAGCUAAGAAAGCUCUGAGGGACACUUACUGUAUAAUGGAAGCAUUCGAUGUGUUGGAGAUCAGAAACAAGAAUCUUGACAAGAUGGAAGAGACGUUUAGUCUGAAAUCAGGAGGUGGUAAGAUUAUGCCAGAGUUUCUGGUGACAGGGGUUGGUCUGGACAUAGGGACAGAGCUAAGGUAUGAAGCUGGUUUUGAUGACUGGACCGUUGACUGCAAAUGCGGAGCUAGAGAUGAUGAUGGUGAGAGGAUGGUGUCUUGUGAUGGUUGCAAGGUGUGGCACCACACACUGUGCAACUCCAUAGAAGACGAUGAAGCUGUGCCUUCGGUGUUUCUUUGUAACAUGUGUUUUGGAGAUCGCAUGAGAUCCAAGAAACGCACUGUUUCCAGUCGCUAG